AUGCAGUUCCUAACUGUUGCCUCCGCACUGUUCACUGGGGCAGCUGCUACUAUCAGCACCAACACAAUGUCAUGCAUGUGCUUUCCUGGCGACACCUGUUGGCCCUCGGAGGUGGAUUGGGCCGGCUUGAAUGCCACGGUCGGAGGUCGACUGAUUGCCACAGUACCACUCGGAUCCCCUUGUCAUGAUCCGACGUACAACGCAACGGAAUGUGCCUACUUGCAGAGCCAAUGGCUCUAUUCUGGUAUCCACAUGAACUCGUCGUCUUCCGUAAUGGCACCCUUCUUCGCCAACCAGAGCUGUGAUCCAUGGCAACCAACGUCUCGACCUUGUUCGUUGGGAAACUACGUUCGUUACUCCGUCAAUGCGACUGGUCCAGACGACAUUAUUGCGGCCGUAAACUUUGCCAGGGAGAAGAACGUCAGGUUCGUAGUUCGAAAUACGGGGCACGACUACCACGGCCGCUCAACCGGGGCCGGAGCGUUGAGUGUCUGGACACAUCACCUGAAGAAUAUCGAAAUUUUGUCCUGGAAUGACACCAGCUACUCAGGUCCUGCGUUCAAAUUCGGAGCCGGCAUUCAAGGUUUUGAGGCUUUGGCUGCCGCCACGGAUCUGGGGCAUGUUGUUGUUACGGGGGAGUGUCCAACUGUUGGCAUCGCGGGUGGCUAUACUCAAGGUGGCGGGCACUCAGGCCUGAGCACGAAGUAUGGGCUGGCUGCCGACAACACCCUCUCAUUCGAUGUUGUCACGAGUAGCGGGGACCUUGUCGUCGCUUCACGAUCCGAGAACACUGAUCUGUACUGGGCUCUCUCCGGAGGUGGCGUCGGCUACGGCGUUGUCGUCUCCAUAACGGUCAAGGCUCACCCCGAGGCAACUGUUAGUGGUGCCAAAUUCUCUCUGCAGCUUUCUGACAAUGGAAAUUCGACCGCAAAGUUGUAUCAAGCGAUCGACUUGUUCCAUGAAAGCUUGCCUGACAUCGUCCAGGACGGCAACAUGGUUAUUUACUUCUUCACAAACACCUUCCUCCAAAUUCCCGCCCUAACUUCCUACAACCAAACUCAAGCACAGCUCGAGGCAACCUUGUCACCUCUGUUAACCAAGCUCGAUGGUCUGAGGUACAAUUACACUGUUACUUACACCGAGUACCCUACUUACUACGAACACUAUGACCACUACUGGGGUCCUCUGCCUGAUGGCAAUAUCCAGGUCGGCGUAGCCCAAUUUGGAGGACGCCUCAUUGAGCAUCAACAUCUAUCCAACUUCUCGUCCACUGCCCGUGCCAUUGCCGAGGAGGGCGUCAUCUUCAUUGGCGUCGGUACUGACGUCGGCUCUUUUGGCGGGGAUAACGCAGUUUUGCCAGCGUGGAGAAAUACCAUUGUUCAAGCAUCCUUAGAGCUGUCAUGGAACUUCACAGCUCCAUGGAGUGAAGGACUUGCUGCCCAAGAAAAAAUCACUGAUGUGGUUGGGCCGAUAAUUGAAGCGGCAACUCCUGGAUCUGGUACAUACAUGAAUGAGGCCGACUGGCGUCAGCCUGAUUUCCAGAAUGUGUUUUACGGAAGCAAUUACGAUAAACUACUGAGCAUUAAGAACGACUGGGACCCUACCAAUAUGUUCUACUCGGUUAUUGCUGUGGGCAGUGAGGCGUAUACCGUCCAAGAAGAUGGACGCCUGUGCAAAGCUUGA